UAACACCUGCUCAAUGCGGCAACUACGAUGCGCAUAUCAAUUAGACUGAUAGAUGCAGUGGAAGGCAGAUAAAAAGGCUCUCUGCCUUGCUAGAGCACGACAGGUGCUUCGUUGCAUUCGUCUUGGUCUCUACUCGACGCGUCGCCUGGUUAACAUUGUAUCGUUCUUGCGUCCUGCAAGUGCGUCCUCGUCGCCAUGCGCUCUUUCGCGAUCCUCGCUGCGGCGCUGCCAUUGAUUCACGCCAUCGACCCUCCGCGCAUGCCACACCAACCUCUCGGCAAUGGCACUAAACGUCUGAGCUAUAACGAGACUACCAACGCUCCUGGUUCUUUGACGCCCUCAACCCGAUCUUUCACUUGGGUUGGCACCGGAGAGGAUGGCGACUACAUCUACACAGCCGCAUCUGGAGACUUUGUCUUCGAGAACGUCGCCACCGGCGAAUCCUCGACUUUCAUCUCGGCUGAUCAGGUCCCGGCUGACUACUGGGACUACUUCAUCUCGCCCGACGCGACCAAGGUCAUGUGGGCUGUCAACUACACCAAGCAGUACCGCCAUUCUUACUUUGCCGACUACUUGAUUAUGGACGUUGCGACUGGAGAGUCCGUAUCUCUUGACCCUGAGUCCGUCGGCGAUAUUCAGUACGCCGAAUGGAGCCCGGUUUCGUCGUCUCAGGUUGCCUUCGUCAAGGGCAACAACCUGUACAUGUCUACCAACGGCACUAUCUCCCAGAUCACGGAAGAUGGAGGUCCCGACUACUUCAACGCUAUUCCUGAUUGGGUUUACGAGGAGGAGAUCUUUGGCGAUCGCUACACUCUAUGGUUCUCACCUGAUGGAACUAGAAUCGCUUUCCUCAGCUUCAACGAGACUGGCGUUGGCACAUUCAGGAUUCCAUACUAUAUUGAAGACGAUGCUGAAUACGUCCCCGUUUACCCCAACGAACUGGAGCUCCGCUACCCCAAGGUUGGCACUAAGAACCCCACAGUGGUCAUGAACUUGCUUGAUGUGGAGUCUGGCGAAUACACCAACGUCCCCAUUGAUGCUUUCCCAGAGGACGAUCUCGUCAUUGGCGAAGUUGUCUGGCUUACUGAGGAGCACAGCAAGGUCAUGUACCGUGCUUACAACCGUGUCCAAGACAUGGAGAAGCUGGUACUCGUUGAUGUUGAAGCUGGGUCAUCCAAGGUCACUCGCGAGCGUGACGGUACCGAUGGAUGGCUAGAGAACUUGAUGCAGGUUCGAUACAUCGGAGCUGUUGAGACUGUGAACGCGUCCUACGGAAACGCUACCGAGUACUACAUGGACCUUUCUGAUAUGAGCGGCUGGGCGCACAUCUACCUCUUCCCUGUCAGCGGCGGAGAGCCCAUUGCGCUAACAUCUGGCGAAUGGGAAGUUCUCAGUGUUCUCAAGGUUGACUACUCUCGUGGACUCAUCUACUACACCUCCACCGAACAUCACAGUGCUGAGUCCCACAUGUAUUCCGUCAGCUUUUCCGGCGAGAAGACUGCCCUGGUCGACGACACCGUGACCGCUUUCUGGACCGCAUCGUUCUCUUCCGGUGGCUCAUACUAUGUCUCUCGUUAUGCUGGUCCCGACGUGCCAUACCAGGAGCUCUACUCCAUCAACUCCACCGAGCCAAUUCGCACGAUCGUCAACAACACUGCGCUUUACGAGAAGCUUCAGGGCUACGCUCUCCCCAACAUCACGUACCUCGAUAUGGAGCACCCUUCCGGAUACACCCUGGAUGCCAUGCUCCGUCUUCCACCCAACUUUGACCCCAGCAAGAAGUACCCUCUCAUUCUCCUUCCAUACGGUGGUCCCAACGCCAAGGAGGUACAAAAGUCCUUCAACGCACUCAACUGGAAGGCUUACAUUGCAUCUGAUCCCGAGCUCGAAUACGUGACUCUCACAGUCGACAACCGUGGUACCGGUCGUAAGGGUCGUGCUUUCCGAUCUCUCGUCACCUCUAACCUCGGUGAACUCGAGGCUGAAGACCAGAUCUGGGCUGCCAAGGAGAUGGCAAAGAACGAGUGGAUCGACAGCGAGCACAUUGGUAUCUGGGGUUGGUCGUACGGUGGCUACCUCUCCUCCAAGGUCGUCGAGGUCGGCGACCCAAUCAUCAGCUACGCCAUGAUCACCGCCCCUGUCAGUGAUUGGCGCUUCUACGACUCCCUCUACACUGAGCGUUACAUGAAGACACCCGACAUCAACCCUGAAGGCUACAACCGCAGCCGUGUUCACGACGCCACUGGCUUCAAGAACAUCGCUGGUGGCGUAGUCAUUCAACACGGUACUGGCGAUGACAACGUGCACUUCCAGAACUCGGCUGCGUUGGUCGACCUGCUCAUGGUCAACCAGGUCACACCUGAGAAGAUGCAGAACACGUUCUUCACCGAUAGUGACCACAGCAUCAACUUCCACAACAACGGCAAGUUCUUGUACAAGCAGCUGAGCAAGAAGCUAUACGAGGAGAAGGCUCGUAAGGGUGACAGCUUCGGCGGACAUCAGUGGAGCAAGAGGGCUUUGGGACGGAAAUGGAGGGCUUGAAAGCGCUUCAAGUUAAGUCAAAAGUCCCGUAAUCUUUAGUUCCAACAAUGCUAUAAUGUAAUGAUUGUCCAAAGCUCUACCGACUAUCACUCCAAAUCUUAUCCUGUCAAGCACUUUUUUCACUACUUACCUUGUUUCGAACGAUGAUACCUUCGUCGGGGUCGUCAUUAUCUCGUUCCAGACGAAGUAACCCCUCCAGAUCGACAGUACCGCGUGGAGAGCACGAUGUGUGAAGGCAUCAAGGGCAGGCAUGGCGAA